UGGGCGCGCAGUUGGAGGGCGGCGGCGGCUGAGGAAGUUUCUGUUUAGUGGUUGCCACCAGUACGACGGAUGCCUGUUCUGGGAAUAACACAUGACCAUUCUUACUAGGAGAUGAACUUUGUAAGAUUUGGGUCUCUUUUUCUUUUUGAAACUUAAAUGAAGAUCCAGUUUCAGAUAUGGGUGUCACUGAGUGAUCAUUUCAUUGAGAUCAACUUGAAUGACCAGGUGAAAAGUGCAAGAGGAAUGUGCCAUGACUGAGGCAACUCACAAUUUUUUAUUGUCAACCUCUACUUCCUUUGACUCUACAAAGAAAAUUGUAUCUACAGCAGCCCCUAAAGCCCAGGAGUCCAGCAAAUCAUCAAACAGACUCAUGACUGAAAAACAGCGGGAAGAAGCAGAAUGGGAAAGCAUAAACGUGCUGUUGCUGAUGCAUGGCUUAAAACCUUUAUGUCAAGUCAAAAGAACAGAUAUGGAAGAAAAUCUAGAUCUCAUCAUUUUUGACAAACAGUCAUCACAAAGGAUGAGGGAGAAUUUAAAAACUUUGAUGGAAGAAACAUCACGUCAACAGAACAUUAUCCAGGAGCUCAUAGAAACUAAUAAGCAGCUUAAAAAUGAACUUCAGCUACAACACAGCCGAGCAGCAGAUCAGGAACAACGAGCUAAUGACUUGGAACAAAUUAUGGAGAGUGUGAAAUCCAAAAUUGGUGAAAUGGAGGAUGAAUCCCUAAAUAGGGUUUGCCAGCAACAGAAUAAAAUAAAAGAAUUUCAAAAGGAGCAUAAAGCUUUACAGGAAAAAUGUGAGCAUUAUAAGAAAAAACGAAUGGAGCAACAAGAGACUAUUGCUUCUUUGCAGAAGGAUAUCCGUAGAUUAACAAAGGAGGACGAAGAGCGCAUCAUCACUCGAAACAGAGUGUUCUCCCGUCUCUGCAAGAGAGUCCCUCACACCAUCCUGGAUAAACAGUUGCUUUGCCUAAUUGAUUACUAUGAAUCUAAAAUUAGAAAAUUUCGUGAACAAAGGCAAUAUAAAGAAGAUGAAAGUCAGUCAGAAGAAGACUACAGAAGUCUGAGUGCUUCACCCACUUAUAAAGGCCUUCUAAUGUCAUUACAGAAUCAACUCAAGGAAUCGAAAUCUAAGAUAGAUGCACUUUUAAGUGAAAAGCUGAAUCUCCAAAAAGAUUUGGAAACCAGGCCCACACAGCAUGAAUUAAGACUUUAUAAACAACAGGUGAAGAAGCUGGAGAAAGCCCUUAAGGAAAACAUCAAAUUACAGGAUCUUAUCAGUCAAAAAAAGGCUGAGGACAAAGAGGGAAAAGAUGAGCCCAGCAAAGAUAACCAGCAGCAGACCCUAAUUGACCAGAGAUACUUUCAGGUAUUAAGGAGCAUCAAUUCAAUUAUUCACAAUCCAAGAGCUCCAGUAAUAAUUUAUAAACAGAGCAAAGGAGGAGCCCAACAUUUUAAUAAAGAUCUUGUUCAAGAUUGUGGAUUUGAGCAUCUUGUUCCUAUAAUAGAAAUGUGGGCAGAUCAACUGGCUUCCUUAAAGGAUUUGUAUAAGUCCUUGAAAAUACUAUCUGCAGAACUGGUGCCUUGGCAUAAUUUAAAGAAGCAGGAUGAAAAUGAAGGUGUCAAAGUUGAAGAUCUGUUGUUUAUAGUAGAUACCAUGUUAGAAGAAGUGGAAAAUAAGGAAAAGGACAGCAAUAUGCCAGACUUUCAAAUUUUGCGAGCUAUUGUUUCUCACUUCCAAAAAUUAUUUGAUGUGCCUUCUUUAACUGGAGUCUAUCCCCGAAUGAAUGAAGUUUAUACUAGGCUUGGAGAAGUGAACAAUGCUGUGAGAAACCUCCAGGAACUCUUAGAACUAGAUAGUUCAUCCUCAUUGUGUGUGCUGGUGAGCAGAGUUGGAAAAUUGUGUAGGCUGGUUAAUGAAGAUGUGAAUGAACAGGUUAUGCAGGUAUUGGGACCUGAAGACCUCCAAAGCAUUAUCAACAAAUUGGAAGAACAUGAGGAAUUUUUCCCAGCAUUUCAGGCAUUUACUAAUGAUCUACUUGAAAUCUUAGAAAUUGAUGACUUGGAUGCCAUUGUACCUGCAGUAAGGAAAUUAAAAAUACCUUCAUACUGAAAACAAAUCAUUUUUACUGUGUAAAUUGCGUUCUUAACAUUCUAAAUAUUUUGUAGGAUUGAUCUUACUCUGAGACAAGGGUUAUAAAAUGUAUAUACUCUCAGAAUUCACCCCCUUCUUUCUGUUGAGUCCUUCUCCAUCCAUAUAAUUUUUAUUAACUUUGAGAUUCUUUUAUAGAAAACAUUGCUAAGUUUAAUUACUAAAUUAACUUUAGAUCCUUUAAUCAUUUCUUAAGCAAUUCUUGAGUGCUUAAAAUGUAAGAUUGUUUUAAAGUACAGUGUGUAAGAGAGAAACUCAGGGAGAGAUAGUGCAAGUAAUAGAAAGGUUGCAUCUAAGUUCAGAGUUUUUUGGCCUGGGAACAAGGAAUGCCAGUGGCUGUCUUUAGUCCAGCCAGCAGGAAGCUGUUGCUUUCCUGGCAAGGAAAUGGCACAUUCUAUUAAGAUAUCCCUCAUGACACUUGCCCUUUCAGAGCAGAAGGAACAAAAGGAAGAAGGAAAAAAGUUUUUACCGUGUUAGGGUAGGAAAUGAAUUAUGAGGUAAAAUAGAUGAGUGGAUGCGAGUCUCUCAUAAAGUGUCCUUUUUGCUAUCUUGAUGUGAUGUACUUUUUACAA